GACUCCUUCAACACCUUCUUCAGCGAGACGGGGGCGGGCAAGCACGUCCCCCGGGCCGUGUUCAUUGAUCUGGAGCCCACGGUGAUCGGUAAGGUUAAACCAGGGAGAGUCCUGACAUGUUGGGCCUUGUCUGAAACCUUCCCCGCGGCGUUUGCCGAGGGGCGUGUGAUUCUUAAUGAACCCGUUUCUUAAUGAACUGGUUCAUUCUCCGUUUUCUGUUUGCUCCCCUGUAGAUGAAGCGCGGACCGGCACAUACCGGCAGCUCUCCCAACCCGAGCAGCUUAUCACCGGCAACGAGGACACGGCCAACGACUACGCCCGGAGCCACUGCUCCAUCGGCAAGGAGAUCGUCGAUCUGGUCCUGGAUCGCAUCCGGAAACUGGUAGGUUGUGGAACCGAAUCCAACCGUGAACCAGCGCCCGGUGUUCACCGAUCUGGUGAUCCUGGUUCGCCCGUGGCCCGCAGUUCAUGAAUGGUUCAGCGUUCAAAAUGCAGCUCAGCGAUCGUCACCCGACUGGAGCCCCGUUCACGUCUCGUCCCGGCGCCCACAGAAUCAUAUAUCGAUAGAGUUGUGCAGCGUGGAAACAGGCCAUCGACCCACACCGAUGCAUCUACUCUGGUCCCAGCUGUCCGCGUUUUGUCCAUAUGCCUCCAAACCUAUCAUAUCCAUGUACAUGCCAGUUUAAAUGUUUCUUAAACGUUGCCAAAGUACUUGCAUCAACUACAGGUAUAGAGAAGGUUCACCAGACUGAUUCCUGGGAUUGCAGGACUUUCAUAUAACCAUAUAACCAUAUAACCAUAUAACAAUUACAGCACGGAAACAGGCCAUCUCGACCCUUCUAGUCCGUGCCGAACACAUAAUCUCCCCUAGUCCCAUAUACCUGCGCUCAGACCAUAACCCUCCAUUCCAUUCCCAUCCAUAUAACUAUUCAAUUUAUUUUUAAAUGAUAAAAACGAACCUGCCUCCACCACAUUCACUGGAAGCUCAUUCCACACAGCUACCACUCUCUGAGUAAAGAAGUUCCCCCUCAUGUUACCCCUAAACUUCAGUCCCUUAAUUCUUAUGUCAUGUCCCCUUGUUUGAAGAAAGACUGGAUAGACUCGGCUUGUACUCGCUAGAAUUUAGAAGAUUGAGGGGGGAUCUUAUAGAAACUCCAUUCAAGGACCUAAGCAGUCGUUCCAGGUGCGACAAAGGUUCAUCUGCAUCUCCUCCAACCUCAUCUACUGCAUCCGCUGCUCUAGGUGUCAGCUGAUUUACAUCGGGGAGACUAAGCGUAGGUGGGCGACCGUUUCGCCGAA